GAGCGUCAUGGCAUUGGCGAUCUGAGCAACCACAAUCUUCAGGGCAGAUACUCCGUCUGCCUCGCCAAGGUCAUUUGGACCAAAGUCUGUGAGCCGCUGCUCAGCCACUGCCGAGUGCAAGCCAUUGAUUUCGUCUGAUUCGAGUUCGGUGAUGACCUGGGCGUAGGGCAAGGCGUGUGGUGGUCUGGAAAGAGGCUUAUUGGACUGGCCAGAGACAUGGCCCGCAAGAGGGUCAUCGCCACGCUUGCCCAUGGCACUUGGGAAAACGAGGAUUCUGGAUCUUUGUCGAUGCGGGAGGGCGUUCGAGGUGAUGAUAUCAAGGUGUGAAUAUGGUGAGUGCUGCCAACGAGUCGUUGCGUGGUUGUCGACUGUCGUGGGGAUGCUGUUUGACUCAAGCACCAUCCAGGCUGGACACACUACUGCACAGUCUGAGCAAGACUUUAAGUAAAGGCGAUUCCACCCUGCUCAGGGAUUUCAUGACUGCGAUGAUGCGUAUCGGCCAUGACCGUGCCGCGGACCGACGGAAACAGUGCCAAGAAGACACGGGCCUUGGUAUGAGGCUCUGCCACGGUGAGCUGCCGGCCAGAGUGCUGUGUGGAACAGUGCCAUCGCGAGCGUGGGCUGGUGGUGUUUGCGGUGUUCUCCGUGUCCGGGUGGAAAUCCGGGAAGCCUCGAGCAGAUCCAGCCAACGAGAGCUGCUGUCGACGGAAACACUCCCGUCCGCGUGUGGAGCAGACCCUGGCAAUGGAGACUUGGCAUUUACCAGAGUACGCUUUGGGUGCCGCCACAGUCUUGUGUUCCAACUCGUCGGGUCUGGCUGGUAUCUGGUUCUCGUUGAUAUUUUCGCGUGGGCAGGGCGGGCGGAGCUGACAUCCAGAGAAGACCUUGACAGCAGACUGGCUCCUACGUGUUUCCAGCGUGUCGAUCUUGGAGGGGAGGAAAGCGAUGGCUUCUUCACAGUCGCGAAGACAGCAAGGUGCAGUAGGGGCGCGUUUGGACCGCGUUUUGACCCCCCGAAAUGGCACCCCGCGCCACCGCACCCUCCAACUUGAAGCCGUCGCGGCGACGCAUUUCGACUGCGCAGAAGCUAGCCCUUCGCGAACGACGACGUCU